CAGCAGGUGUUGGAACAGUUGUUAGGUAAUGUCUAUCUGUGGUUUAUGACGUUGGGACAACGACACUCUGGACCACUAGCAGGAUGCGGAGCAGAAAGGAGAGGGGAUGAGAAGGGGGUGCAAUCUAGAGGCCUGUUUGCUGAGGUGUCACACGGUUCCUGUCUUUGAUCAACAGUGCGGUGUCAGGAAAGUGAGGACCAUGUUAGCUGUUGGUUUGCCUUUGUCUUGUUAGAUUCUUUAAUGUUCCUAGAAUGCUUUUAGGUUCUUAAAAUGCUUUUAGGUUCUUAAAAUGCUUUUAGGUUCCUAGAAUGCUUUUAGGUUCUUAGAAUGCUUUUAGGUUCCUAGAAUGCUUUUAGGUUCUUAGAAUGAUUUUAGGUUCUUAGAAUGCUUUUAGGUUCUUAGAAUUCAUUGCAGAGAAGGGAAAGAUGUAGUGAGGUAGAAUUUAAAAUGUUCAGUGGAGCCAGCGUUCUGGAUGGAGUUUAGUAGACUGCAUCGAGGAUAGACUGUCUGAAUGACCUGUAUCCACACUACCAUGGAGACAAGGAAGACUGGGAUGUGGAUGAGACCAUGAAUCGCAGUAGAGGAACAAGAGGACGAUGUGGGACUCUGACAUCAUGGAUCCAAAAUAUCAUCUCCACUACCCUCCUGUCUGUCUUUCUUUCUUUCUUCCUCUCCUCUCCCCUGUCCUGUCUCCUUCCUCCUCUCUCUCUUUCUUCCUCUCCUCGCCCCUGUCCUAUCUCCCUCCUCCUCUCUUUCUUCCUCUCCUCUCCCCUGUCCUAUCUCCUUCCUCCUCUCUUUCUUCCUCUCCUCUCCCCUGUCCUAUCUCCUUCCUCCUCUCUCUCUUUCUUCCUCUCCUCACCCCUGUCCUUCCUCCUCUCUUUCUUUCUUCCUCUCCUCUCCCCUGUCCUAUCUCCUUCCUCCUCUCUUUCUUUCUUCCUCUCCUCACCCCUGUCCUUCCUCCUCUCUUUCUUUCUUCCUCUCCUCUCCCCUGUCCUAUCUCCUUCCUCCUCUCUUUCUUCCUCUCCUCUCCCCUGUCCUAUCUCCUUCCUCCUCUCUUUCUUCCUCUCCUCUCCCCUGUCCUAUCUCCUUCCUCCUCUCUUUCUUUCUUCCUCUCCUCUCCCCUGUCCUAUCUCCUUCCUCCUCUCUUUCUUCCUCUCCUCUCCCCUGUCCUAUCUCCUUCCUCCUCUCUUUCUUUCUUCCUCUCCUCUCCCCUGUCCUAUCUCCUUCCUCCUCUCUUUCUUUCUUCCUCACCUCGCCCCUGUCCUAUCUCCUUCCUCCUCUCUUUCUUCCUCUCCUCGCCCCUGUCCUAUCUCCUUCCUCCUCUCUUUCUUCCUCUCCUCUCCCCUGUCCUAUCUCCUUCCUCCUCUCUUUCUUUCUUCCUCACCUCGCCCCUGUCCUAUCUCCUUCCUCCUCUCUUUCUUCCUCUCCUCGCCCCUGUCCUAUCUCCUUCCUCCUCUCUUUCUUCCUCACCUCGCCCCUGUCCUAUCUCCUUCCUCCUCUCUUUCUUCCUCACCUCGCCCCUGUCCUAUCUCCCUCCUCCUCUCUUUCUUCCUCUCCUCGCCCCUGUCCUAUCUCCUUCCUCCUCUCUUUCUUCCUCACCUCGCCCCUGUCCUAUCUCCUUCCUCCUCUCUUUCUUCCUCUCCUCGCCCCUGUCCUAUCUCCUUCCUCCUCUCUUUCUUCCUCUCCUCGCCCCUGUCCUAUCUCCUUCCUCCUUUCUCUUUCUUCCUCUCCUCGCCCCUGUCCUAUCUCCUUCCUCCUUUCUUUCUUCCUCUCCUCGCCCCUGUCCUGUCUCCUUCCUCCUUUCUCUUUCUUCCUCUCCUCGCCCCUGUCCUAUCUCCUUCCUCCUCUCUCUCUCCCUUCCCCCCAUUCUCCCCCCCUCCCUCUCGCUUUCCCUCUCGUCCUGAACAGCACGCCUUGCUGUGGCUGGUCAAACGGAACCAAGUCAGGUGUUUCAGUGAGGUUUGGUCCCCUUCAACCAGCUACUGCGUCGUGAACUCAGUCAGCAGACAUACAUCCACAGCGGGAAUGAAAGACAGUGUACGCUGCUACUACUGUACUACUGUAGUCUACUGCUGCUGUUUUUGUGUCCGAAUCACGUCAAAUUAGUCAACUCUUUUGUACCACAAUAGAUGACUUCUCUAGAUGUUUCUGUUACGUUCAUGUUUAUGUUGUGUUUCAUAAAAUAAAGAAUUAAAGGUGUGACCGUG